AUGCUCUCAUCGACCGUCGGCAACAAGGCCUUGAAUCCUCUUCGUGUUGCUUCAACUCGGCUUCAAGCGACCAGGCUCUUGAUUGAAGGUAGCCCCGCCAAAGUGUCAACUUUCUCGACGAUGGGACUUCCGGGUGAUAAACCGCGCCAUGCUCAGGCUCCUUGGCGUGAGCAGCUAAGCUCGCACCUGGACAGAACCCAAGUCUACGAGUUUACGAUUGCUACUAUUGGCUAUGACUCGAAGGGCCGUCCAGUACCGCGGGUUCGCACCUGCGGCUGUCGUGGCUUUUUCCCCGAGUUAGAGCUCCAUCCCAGUGGGCAGAAGGAUAUGGAUGAGCAAGUAGAAGACGGGGGCAACCCACCUGUCUACGAGAGUGAUCUGCUGACAUUUACUACCGAUAUCCGGAUGGAGAAGCUUCAUCAGCUUGAUGCAUCUGGCAAUGCUGUUGAGGCUGUCUUCUGGCUCAAGGACUUGAUGAUCCAAUGGCGAAUCAAGGGUACAGCACUCUCCAUUGGAAAUCCAUCUGUUGACUCCAAAGAACAAGAGCAUCGAAAGGCACUCGGUGACUGGCUGCGGCCAAAGGAGGGCGCUGGGGAUAUUCAGAAAUGGACUUGGGAGAAGGCUGUAACAAAGUACUUUGCAAAUCAUUCGCCUGUAAUGCGAGGCUCAUUUAAGAGCCCUCCUCCAGGGCAGCCCCGCUCAAAAAUCCCCGACAAUCCAGAGCUCCAACUAGGGCAGAAAGUCACUGAUCUUCAUGACCCUAUUGCCAGGGAGAAUUUCCGAGUUGUAGCUAUUGUCCCAGAAGAAGCUGAGUAUCUCGAUCUUUCCAACGCAGACGAUGUUCGACGGUGGAAGUGGGAUUUCCAAGCUGCUGGAAGUGAAGGCAACUCGACUGGAAGAUGGAAUGAAAGUGAAUUAUGGCCAUAG